AUGUUUUGCAUAGGUGGUGGAAAUGUGAAGAUACCCACCAUAAAGUUGGAUUUCAAGGAAAAAGCGAAACCGAAAAUCGACGCUAAGUCCGAAUACGUACCACCAGUACCGGAAAAGAAGAUGAUCUCUCAAAAAUUGGUUUGGAAUGCACAGUCAAAAGUCGGCUCAUUGGAUAACGUCAAGCACAAGCCAGCCGGUGGUAAUGUACAGAUUCUCGACCAGAAACUGGAGUGGCAUGCUGCCAGCAAAGUCGGUUCCAUGGAUAAUAUUAAGCACAAACCUGGCGGUGGAAAUGUGCAGGUCAUUCGCCAUUCUUCUGCAAGGAACAUCGGCUAUUGUGUCGAUAUCAAAUCAAGCAUUGAGCAAUCGAUUUAUAUUCGACGAACGGAUACAGUAUGUGUCAUCGACCAAUCACAAAUCGAAUAG